UGUGACUCUUCUCAUGCGCUGUCAGCAUGCAUCCUGAUGAAGAAUAUGCAAGAAUGGGCGGAAUUUACCAUUAGUCCCAACUACAUCUGACUCUGUCGUGGAUCUGACUUUGAGAUUAUCAUUUACGGGCGCAUGAUUCUACAACAUGCGAUAGCCUUACUAACAUAGGUAUUCAGGUCGAAAACACAUCCGCGACUGGCUCCUUUUCAUACGGCUACGAUGAGUUAUCUAUUUGAUACAUAGGAUUUAAACGGAAUUCCAGAUAUGAUGCUAUUCUAUUCACUGUUUCUUUGUUUGCAGUUCACGGACCGCUGUUUUUGGUAAGGUACUAGUUGCCAGGUAAGUGUAUGGAAUGUAUAUGAGACAACAUCAAAAUUUCAACCUCGAGACGACAAAGGAAUAGUCUAAUGGUCGUCGCAAGUAAUAAAUUAACUUGUUUUAACGCCAAAGAAAAUGCAGACCCAAAGCUUUCUAGUAGAAUGGGUGUUCCCAGAAGAAAGGCCAUUUUUACCCUCUUCUUCGUGUAUUGAACAGUUCAAGCUUUGUUAGUACACGUUUACCCGGAUAAACAAAUUCGCUUUGGGGAAGACGACUUCAUACUAUAACAACAGCAGGAAUAUCUACCUCAUUGGGAGGAGGAUGGAGUCCGAAGAUUCUCUUGAGACCUGGACUCAGGCGCCAAUACCAACACCAACAUUACGACGUGCCCGCGCUCGGGACCAUGAAAAUGGAUUCGUUUCCCAACCACGCCCGAGUGCUCGACGUCAGAGGGCCCAUUCACCAAUACCUUCUAGAAUUCCAAAUAUUCACAUAAGCGACCGGCUACUUUUCCUAGUAGGUUUAUUCUUCGCUUUGCUUGGGAUAUUACUUAUAUGGGGGGAUGCCGACGAGUCCAGAGUCGAAUAUAGGCAUCCAGGGCAAAGGAGAGCCAUCGGAGCUACAAAACCGGUAAAGCCACCUCGCGAAACAAACUUCCUUGAGGUUGUGGAUCUAUUUUGUCGGGGGUCGCAAGUGAUUUUGCUGGAUAAAGCUGGAUUAGAUACCUGGUUUGUCGACACAGAUAUCAAUAGCGCGGUUAUCGUCACUAUGUUAAACGGUGUACCCCUCAACCUUGAAGCGGAUAAGAACGGCGAUGUUGUUCGAAUAUCAAAGCUUGAGGCGGCAAUUGGAAAUCGAGAGUCGAGCCUCUUGAUGGCCAAGGAUGCGUUCAAGAAAUUCCUUGACAUUCGCGAAAUAUUAAUACACGACGUAAUCAGUGACCAUAUGUUAUGGACUCAAUUCGGGUACGAGCCAUCCCUGAAGCGCAUUUUUUCAUACGCAAGAGACCUGGACAAUUCGCCACCCAUUACUACUAUUAAUCGUCCUCAGCCGUCUAUUGACGACCCAGAUUCGAAGAACAGGACGUUUGGUAAGGGAGAGCCUAGCCUUGCGGAAAUGUUGAGAGAAUUUGCGGGGGAGAUCGCGCAGAGUCAUUACCGUGUAUGGACGCGGGAUUAUAGGGUUAGACGUAUAAAACAAUAUCUAGCCGCGACACGAAGGCACUUUGGAGAUGUGCGACGUUACGAAGCUCAGGUCAUAAAAGGCUUAAAGGAGAAAUCGUCAAGAAGCUACCUAUGGAAUCCCAAGCAACAUGGAGAUGUUAUGUGGCAGUUCACAAGAAAACUAAUCAAGUUAGAACAAGCGUACGAGGAAACGACGGAGAAUCUUAAGGAGAUUGUUCGUCGGGUGAAUAAACUAGACGUUAAAUACGUUGCGGAGAAUAGGACGUAUGAAGAAGCACUUGUGAUUUGGAGGCAGAGUCUUAGGAAUCUCAUGCAAAACUGGGGUGCACUUCUGAUCAACUCUCCCCAGGGCGUGCUAUACCUUCUAAGAAAACAAGAAGUUGGGUCGGGAUUGACUGAUGAAGUAUCUUGGGAAAAGUGGAAGCAACGGAAUUGUGGUGGAACAUCUUGUUACGACGUUGCGGGGCUAGGCAACUGGUUUAAGGGGUUAAUUGGGAUGAGUGAAAAGCCUACAGCAGGGCGUGCCCAUGACGAAUCGGAAUUUAGUAGGAUUCUCGGCUAUAACAAGAAACCUCUUGUAUGGCGAGCUGCGUAUGAGAAGGCAUGUUGUCAGGAUGGAGAGAUUGCUCGGUUUCUUAAGCAUGGGCCGUCCUCAUCUAAAACGGUGGUAUGAAGUGAGCAUUAAUCGGGAAGUACACAUACUACCUUAGGAUAAUAAGGAUUAGAGCGAGAUAGGAUAUAAUUGACGAGGCCAUCAUUCCGGUUUGUCUAGCCUCAGUUUGGCCAAGUAAAGAAAGCAGUCUAUUGAUAAU